AUGUCUUCUCAAAGCGACAGGGAUGGUCGGGGGAUGCGGCGGAGGCCACGCAGGGGAGGUAGAGGAGGUGGACCCGAAAGACAACGGAAGGAGGAGUAUGGAAAUGAAACUUCUGAGAAGCCACGCCCCAUCAUCCUGGCCAAACCAUCUCAAGAACAGGGCAGCACUUCCACAACAGCUGGAGUGACUCCAAGCGUCAGUGGACCUGCCACACCCUCGGCACUCGGAAGUAAAACUCCAGAGAAGAUGGUGAUGUUGAGAAAUCGUGAUGAUGUCCCAUCAGCUCCGACUGGAAACUUGACUAGCAUUCCAGCAUCUUUGACCUCAGGUGAAACCCCACCUCCUCAGCCCACUCACACUGUGCAGCGUAACCAACACUUUUCAUCUGAAAGUUCAAGUCAGAACCGUCUGGCUCCGCCUCCAGAGAUGACUAGAUGUACAAAACUGGUGGAUGAAUCUCAGAUGUGGCAAGAGUCGGCAAUGGAGAUGUUGGUGGACCAGACAGAUUUCCUGGUGGUUGGGGUUAUUGGACCUCAAGGCAGUGGGAAGUCUACAGCUCUGUCGCUGCUGGCCGGUAACUCUCCUGAAGACAAUCACAGACAGUUCCUGUUUCCACCCCAGACCCAUGACACCAUUGAACUGUGUGAGCACCAGACCAGUGGAGUAGACAUGUUUGUGUCUGGUGAACGAGUCAUCUUUCUUGAUACACAGCCUGUGAUGAGUUCAUCGGUAUUGGACCGGAUGAUCCGCCACGAUAAGAAAAUUGGUUCUGAGUACAGUACAGCAGAAAACUGCAUUGAAAUACAGUCCUUGCAGCAAGCUGCCUUCUUGAUGAAUGUGUGUCAUGUUGUUCUGGUGGUGCAGGAUUGGUUUACUGAUACAAGCUUCCUUAGAUUUCUGCUGACUGCAGAGAUGCUGAAGCCAUCAUCACCAUCCAGUAACCACGACAACCCCAGUGAAGACUCAUCAGAUUAUUUUCCAAACUUAGUGUUUAUACAGAACAAGGCAGUGUGGGAUCACUUCAGUGUAGAAACAUUCAACUCUAUGCAGCAGACACUGAUGAAAGUCUUUGAAACUUCCAAGCUGAAAUAUAGAGGUUCAGUGACUGUGGCUGAUGGGAAAAUGCUACCAGGUCUUAACCGGAGAACUGUGAAGUCAGAUAUCAAUCUGUAUCCUCUUCCUUGUAUUGACUCAGCUGGGAAAUCAAAUCAGGAAGCCAUCCUGACCCUGUUGCCUGAGUAUAGAGGUUAUCCAAGCUUUACUACACUCAUCAAUGGACUUCGCCAGCAGAUCUAUGCUUUACCACGAGAACAGCUUACCCACACGACACUCUCGGAAAAAAACUGGUUUCACUAUGCUGCCAGGACAUGGGAUGCUGUUAAAAAAUCUCAGUUGAUGGCAGAGUACAAUCGUCUUUUACACUGAGGAAUGAUGGGAUAGCAUCCAGAGAUCCAUUGUAAGGUUACAUAGAACUUGAACUUUAACCUUUCCUGAAGCUGACUAUUGAUGUUCAGGUUGUCCACUGAUGUAAAACUUGACCAUUGAGAAAAAGGUUGAUUGCUGAUGGAAUGUUUUACCACCAGUGCAAGGCUGGACUGCUGAUCAAAAGCUAGACUGUUGGUGAAAAGCUUAACCACCAAUUGGAGUCUGAAUUGUUGGUACAGGACACGAGCACAGUUGGAUGGCAAAGAUAUUGCAAGACCAUCAGACUACAAAUGAGACUCAACCUCAUAACUUGGCCCUGAUAAAAGGAUGACUCCAUAUGUGGAGACAUGACCACUAAUAAAAGGAUGGGUCCAGAUGUGGAAAAUGACCACUGAUAAUUAGAUUGGUCCAGAUGUGGAAAAUGACAACUGAUGAUUAGAUUGGUCCAGAUGUGGAGAAUGACCACUGAUGAUUAGAUUGGUCCAGAUGUGGAGAAUGACCACUGAUAAAAAGAUGGGUACAGAUGUGGAGAAUGACCACACUGAUUAUUAGAUUGGUCCAGAUGUGGAGAUUGAAUACUGAUAAAAAGAUGGGUACAGAUGUGGAGAAUGACCACUGAUAAAAAGAUGGGUACAGAUGUGGAGAAUGACCAAUGGUUAUUAGAUUGGUCCAGAUGUGGAGAUUGAAUACUGACAGAAGUCAAUACAACUUAUGCUGGAACAAUAUUAUGCUAUUUAUAGCUGGUUGACCAGAUAUGAACUCCAGGAAAUAUACAAUUGUUUAUUUUAUGUUAAACAACUACAUAAACAAUGAACAGCUGGACCAGGCUAUAUUGAAACAUCAGAAAUAUAGGUCCAUUUGAUAUGCAUGAUACUAUCAAAAGUUUUAAACACUAUUAAAACACAUUUUCUGUAUUUA